AGACACGCAGGGCCGGCGAGGAAGGAAAGGAAAGGAAGGGAUGGCAUCGUUCGGCGAGGCGCCGGCGGGCAACGCGGCGAGCGGGGAGAAGAUCUUCAAGACCAAGUGCGCGCAGUGCCACACGGUGGAGCGCGGCGGCGCCCACAAGCAGGGGCCCAACCUCAGCGGCCUCUUCGGCCGCCAGUCCGGCACCACCGCCGGCUACGCCUACUCCACCGCCAACAAGAGCAUGGCCGUCGUCUGGGAGGAAAACACCCUCUACGACUACCUCCUCAAUCCUAAGAAGUACAUCCCUGGGACCAAGAUGGUGUUCCCGGGCCUCAAGAAGCCGCAGGAGCGCGCCGACCUCAUCGCAUACCUCAAGAAAUCCACCGCUUAA